ACAAAUAACUAUUCGAACGUCCAAAAAAAUUAUUGGAAAACCACAAGUUUGACUUCAAAAAUCGCCAGCUGAAUAUGGCGCGCGCUGUGCACUGAAUUAAACAAAAAAAAAUAACACACAAUAAAUUAAAAUUCUGACACCCUGUAUCGCGCAUCACAAUGGAAUAUCUGCUGCUCAACGCCUUCGAGCAAAACUACUACAAUCGCAUUAAGGAGUUUGAGCGCGUUGUAGCCGCAACUGCAUCCGCCGCCGCCGCAUCUGCUGCCACACAGAAUGCGCUAGCGGCACGCAACACUUCCCAUGCGUCUACGAAUAGUAACAGCCACAACAGCAACAACACUGUAAAUGCCUCGUCGACCACCUCAUCCAUAGCUUCGCCCUCAGCAUCCUCCUCGACCGCCUCAUCACUCUCAUCUUCACCAACAUCUGCUGCCGCCACCGCUGGCGCUGCACUGCCUGCAUCCAGUCCAACGGCCAGCACGCAUAGCAGUAGCAGCAGCAGCCAUCAAGCAGCCGCUACCAACAAAAUAAACAACGCUCUAACAAAUGGCCACAAACUUCCGCAAACGCAUCCACAACAGCCGCUGGCUGUGGCAGCGGCGGCGGCGGCGACGACGGCAGCAACAGCUGCCCAACAGCCGCUAUCACCGCCGCAUCAUUUCACGCAUACAUUUUCCGCUGCACAAGCUGCUGCUGCCGUCGCGGCCAUGGCUGCACAACAGCACCUGCAUCAGCUGCAGCAUCAACAAUUGCAACAGGCGGGGCGGUUAGGUGGCGCGCAUCAUGUCGCCGCCGCCGCCGCAGCGCCGCCAUCACCAACAAUUUCACACCUGCAAUUGCAAACGUUGCCACUACCACUACCGCCGCCGCCGUCUCAUUUGCAACACUUGCAUCACCACCACCAGCAACACCACCACCAUCAUCAUCACCAAUCGGUUGCACACGCGCAUGCGCAUUUGUUGCACGCGCGCGAUCAACAAAACAACUCGAAUAUGGCGAACAGUUUGUUGUGGCAACCGUGGCGUGAUCCCCAUCACCACUUGUAUCAACAACAACAGCAGCAGCUGCAAAAAGAGGGUCGCAUUUCAUCAAAAGAACUGCCUACCGCUCGUUGGCGUCGUGAGCGUCGCUCGCGUGCCGGUGAAUACCCCGCGCUGGGCAGCGCCGCCGCCGCCGCCUCAACGUCGAGCAGCCUCUCGCCUGCUGGCACACCACCGCCACUAACGGUUUGUCCUGGCUUAACAUCACCAGUGAGCGCGCAUCAUCAUGUCACCGCAACGGUGCACAGUGGCGUACCACCACCCAUGUCUAUUAUGAUGGCUGCAGCAAUGCGUCCUCUUUGCGAGUCCACUAAUCGUCCAACGCCACCGCCAUCGAACUCCUCAGCUGCUGCCGUAGUUGCGGCAUAUAAUCAUCAAGGCGGUGGCAUGGAGAGUCCCAUUGAUAUGUCGGUAUCGUCGUCGACGUUGAAGCAUCGAUCCUCGCCGCCGCCACCUUAUCGCGCGCCAUUGCCUGGCUCCACAUAUGCCACUGCGCUGGCGCGCCCUAGCGUUAUCACACAGGCGCCAUCGAAGCGCGAACGCGAACGUGAGCGUGGCGAUCGCGAAUUGCUGGCGAAUCGCGAGAAUGACAAUCGCAGCACUGAAUCCAUUUCCAUGUGUGAAACGGUGAUCGAUGAACACUUUCGCCGCUCGCUGGGUCCCGACUAUGCCGCACUCUUUGGCAAGAAGUCGCCCGGUCAUAAUCCAACCACACCAUCACCGCAGCCAAGUGCAGCCGCAAUGACAACCACAGCUGUCAUAAAUACGCCAACGCCGACACCACCACCAAUGGUCGCGUCCGCGUCGCCAAUUGCAACGCAGGCAUUGAUUGUCGGGCAUGCGCCGGCGCCAAGCGCUUUGCCGCCCUAUCAUGCAACCGCCACCGCCGCCGCCGCCGCUGCUGCCGCCGGCGCACCGCAAGCGCUCAUUUCACCAAAGCCAGCAGCGGUCUUGCUCUCUUCGGCCGCCAUGUAUGCUGCGGCGGCACAGCAUUCAGUCACAGCUGAAAGCUUAUCGCCACAUCAAUUGGAGCAUAUCUCCAUUGCUUUGCCGCCACCACAACAGCAGCCACUAGCAUUGGCUACUACACAACGCAGUAGCACGCCGCCCAAUUUAAAUGCACGCGGCCUGCCAGCUCAAUCGCCACCACCACCACCACCAACAACAAGCGCGGCGUUGCAUUCCUCGCCCCCGCCGCCACCACCACCAACAUUCCCACACACAGCGUCAUUGCGCAGCCAAACAGCGUUGGAGCCGCACUCAACCAGUAAUUCACGCUCGCCGUUGGCAACACCACAGCAGUCGCCAAACUCAACCACUGCUGCGGCAACACCACCACCGCAGCCGCCGUUGCCAUCGACUUUUGUGUCCUCCUCGUCUACGCCACCAACAGCGACAGCAACGCCACCACCCAUUAUGCCGGCGAUAAUGCGCAUCAAAACUGAACCGGGGAUGUCGGCAACGAAUACGCCACCAGCCUCACCAACCUCAACCUCUUCGCCGACGAGUAUCACUGAGGUGAAUGCUUCGGUUGAUGAUCACUUUGCCAAGGCGUUGGGUGAUACCUGGAAGAAGUUGCAGGAGAACAAGGAGGUGCGUAAGUGAAAUAUAACAAUAAAUCGGAGGAAGCGCAAGAGAGAUGAUUGCAUAAAUGAAGAGUGAGGAAGGAGGUAUUGGUCGGAAAAGUGUGAGAAACGAGCGAACGCUUUUUUUUUGAAAACUAAUAUGAAAACUUUGAUAUGCAUGCCGGUUAAGAAAUGAGGUUCAAAAGACGGAAUAUAAAUAUAAAAAUUGUUAGCAACAAUAAUGGUAUUUUAAUUAUUUUUCUAGAACGGAAAACCAAAUUUAAUCAAAGUGAAAAUAAUUUUUAAAAGCAUAGAAUGGUAUGUGGCUAUAAAUCUGCAUCUCCAAAUUGAAAAUACUGUAUAUCAAAAAAAAAAGUUUGUAAAACUUGAAAGCGAAAAUGUGUUAAAUCCUCUAAAAAAUCUUAAAUGUAACUUAAAAAAAAAAAUUGGUUUAAACCAAACCUAAAAAAAAAAAUAUUUUAUAAGUUUAUGCUAACGGUAUGAAGUAUGUAUUUAGUAAGUUAACUCGCAGAAGAAGAUUAGAUCUGUAAUUUUAAUAACAAUUAUUAUUUUUCCCAUAAAAAAAAUCAAAAUAUGUAUAAGUAUAAGUAUUACUAUAAAAUUACCAUCAAUCUAUAAAAGAAGCUUUUAAAAAAUACUAAAGCAUGAGCAUACCAUGACAAAUAACUUCAUAUGCAUAAAUAUGUACAUAAAAUAAAAUUGAAGAAAAAAGAGUGCAACUUAAAAAAAGUUGUAAACUUAAAAAUUGCAUAAAAAAACCCUAUUGGUACUCUGGCUACUUAAAAAAAUGCUUUUCGAAAUAAUUGAGCACAGAAGAUAUAAAGUUUGACUAGAUAAUAUCUGAGAAUCAACAAAUAAAUACUAGUAUAUUUACUAAGAAACAUCGUAGAUACAAUUGGCUCAAUACUCUCGAAACAUUAAGUGAACAUUCAAAAGUUGUAAAGAAUUCCUUUGUACUUGGAAAAACUGCAAAACCAAGGGCUUAAAAAUAUUUUCAGUAUGAUUUUAAACAGUUCACUCUAAGCUAGAAUUAAUUUCUACAGUUUUGUCUUUUGAAUUGUGACUAUAAUAUCGAGCCCUAACCGCCAAAAUAACGUA